CAGGUGCCAUUAGAAAUGCACGAAACAAAUUUUUCAAAACGUAUUGAAUCAUCUUUCUGUCAAAGCAAGGUUUGCAAUGAUUUAGUAGAGGGAUUAGAUUGUGGGGAAGCAACAGGGCAGUGGUUAUCAGACUGCUUGGAAACGGAAGGUUUGCGUUUAGUGCGGCAAAAUUCCGAGCGCCGCUCCCAAGAUGGUGCUGCCAAGGAAAUCAGCUUUGCAAAUCAGGCGCAAUUCUUACUCAUCAACCGCGCAUCGGUUCGGUGGUUAGCCAAUAAAGUAGAAUCGGAAAAGGAAUCUAUCGAUCAGACAGUGGACCGCUUUAGAGGAAACUUAAUAUUCGAGACUGCAAGCCCGUUUGAGGAAAAUUCUUUUGAGGAAAUUAGUAUAGGUGAUGUAAAUUUUAAAGUAGAUGGAUUUUGUACGCGUUGUCAAAUGAUUUGCAUUGACCAACAUAGUGGUUGCAAAACCAACGAGCCAUUGCGAACUAUUGCACGAGAAUUUGGUGGAAAAAUACGCUUCGGAAUUUAUCUAUCACUCAAAGGACUGGAAGAAGAAAAUGCUUUUGUCUCUUGUAAAGAAGAGGUGAAAGUACGAAAGAUAGAACAUGGUGCAGAGCAAUGAAAUAUAGACAAUUGGAAGCAAGGCUUGGCGCAUAGGAAAUAUAAUUGAUAACGAUAAUACAUUUUACAAAUAUGUAUGUAUCAAAGUGUACUUAAAUUAUAAGCUUCGCACAAAAACAUGCCAGUUUAUGAAAUCUAAGUUACUCUAUUAUUAAAUUACCUUAAUGAAAAUAUUAAGCUAUUUUCAGUAUCGCUACAAGAUGUAAAACAAUUACAUAAAUGUCUGUAAUAAAGAAUAA